GCGCGUCGAGUGGUGUGUUCCGUGGAGCCUCCGGGAAAAGCACGCGGAGGACGGGGUUCUGCGAGGAGAGAGACUCAGAGCAGUCUGGGAAGUGUAGUCCAGUUGGCUUAGCCGGAGAUUCAGGGUGAGCGCCGAGGUUCCGGGAAGGGGCCGAACAGUUCUGAAAAGAGACUGUGACUAUGCCUCUUAACUCUGUAGCUGGAGCAUAAGAACUGUUUGUUUAAUGAAUGACCUAUCCAUUUAGGACCUAUUUAGACCCUGAGGAUAACCCUGUGAAUUGCUGAUAGUUCACUGGGUCUGUCCCUUAGUGUUGGUUUCAUUAUGCUGAGACGAAAACCAACCCGUCUGGAGCUGAAGCUUGAUGACAUUGAGGAGUUUGAAAGCAUUCGGAAGGACCUGGAGACCCGUAAGAAACAAAAGGAAGAUGUUGAUGUUGUAGGAGGCAGUGAUGGAGAAGGUGCCAUUGGGCUCGGCAGUGACCCCAAGGGCAGGGAACAAAUGAUUAAUGAUCGAAUUGGUUAUAAACCCCAACCCAAGCCCAACAAUCGUUCAUCUCAAUUUGGAAGUUUUGAAUUUUAGAGGUGGAUUAUCUUGUGUGCCAGAGCCCUGGAAUGGAGUAAAAUGAUGGCGGAAAUACAAACAAGAUUUAGAGAAUUGAGUGCUUGCAGUCAAGCCGAAUAUUUUACGUCCUGCAGAGAGAGAUACUUCUGCAUGAGAUUGCUGAUGCUUAACUUUCACUCUGAAAGCUGAAAUUCAAACUCUGGUUUGUCUCUGGAAAAUCUGACUCGAUAAAACUUGUCUGAUUUUUGUUUUUAAAAAUAAAUAUAUUUUUGG